AUGGAGCAAGUGUCAAGCAGACGAAGAGCUUGUGAUUACUGCGUCGCCAGAAAAGCCAAAUGCGAUGCCCGCAAACCAACCUGCUCCAAUUGUACGCUUUAUGCCGUGACUUGCAAGACAACUGUGACGAGUAAACGCAAGGCGAGGCCACGUGAAUCUGGAUCUCAACCUGAUCGUAUCGCUUCGUUAGAAGAGCGUUUGGCCACCAUCGAGUCUUUACUCACUAUACUCGCUGGUAACGCAGUCGCCCAACCUCAGCACGAUAUCGGCGGUCCCGUAAAUAAUGACGCAUUUCCCAAUUCAUUUGACAAUUGGGGCAUAUCGCCUGGACAGACACCUCGUGAUACGUCAGGAUGUCUUUCCACGUCCACUACAGCAUCUGUCACGCCUCCAGCGAACGUCUCAACGUCAAGUCAGCUAGAGCUGGCACCCCUAUCAGAAGUCCUGCCUCUAGUGGACAAUUACUUUCGAAACUAUAACGCAAUCAUCCCGCUGUUUGAUGAAACGGCUUUUAUGCGUAUGCUUCUGGAAUUUUUUGCUCAGACAGCUAAGCGGUCUAUCAUCUCAUGGGCUGCAAUCAAUGUUGUACUGGCCAUCAAUUAUCGCGUCCUUGAGGGCCGAGGCUCGGAUGAUGCAGCGCUUAAGACUUGCCUUCAAAAUAUCCGUCCUGUCACCUCUGAGCUCAUGGCCCAGGGGAAAGAUCUGAUGGGGUUACAGGUUCUUCUGGGCACUGUGAUAUUGUUCCUCGGCUCUUCGGAUUUCCAGCUCGCCAUCGUCUUGACCGGCAGCGUCGUGAAGCUUGCUCAAAGUCUUCGCCUGAAUUCAAAACAGGCACUCGAAGGAUUGACAAAAGCUGAGCAAGCCCAUAGAACACAACUGUUCUGGUUAUCGUAUAUAUAUGACAGGGGAAUCUCACAGAGAUCUCAAAUUCCAUACUCGCAGCUCGAUACCGAUGCAGAUAUGGACCUCCCAGUCCCAAACCCUGAAAACAACCUUGGAGUCAUGACCUCUUCUACAGACAGCAUCCGUUUCAACUACCUCCGCGCAAAAGCACGAUUCGCAUACAUCCAAGGCAAAGCCUUCGAUCUCCUCUACAGCCAGAAAUCCACAACUCUUACAAAAGAGCAGAAGCACAGUAUGAUGCUUCGUAUAGAAGAAAUGUUAGCAGAAUGGGUUCAGGAAAUCCCCAUAGAACUACGUUCUGCCGAGGGUAUCCUUGAGAGGUUUUCUCCAGCAGCAACGGAUUUAAUGAUGAAUCUUUGGUUCCACCAUGCUGAGUGUUGGAUCAAGAUUCGUUCCAUAUUCACUUUUGAGGACGCAUGGGUUAAUAGAGUGAAACUGUAUUUAUCUCCACCAGUCAUCGACAUGAGCGACGAUGUCGAUGGGGAGGUGAGAAGAGGCGAUAUCCCACCUUUGCCAUCUGGAUGGGAUGAUUGCGUCAGAUAUGGCCGAAUUUGCUUGGAGUUGCUCUUGAAGAAAAGACCAACCGAGUACAUACUCUGGCUUCACAACUGCGGCUCGUUCUCAUGUCUGGUUCUCCUCAUCGUCAAUCUCAUCGAACAUCCGGACCAAGCCUUCACCACAAAUGAUCGUCAGCUCCUCGACAACUGCUUCACGGUGUUUCAGGAGAUGAGCUGUCAUUUGCCAAAGGAACCGUACGGUACUAUGCUUGCUAUGGCUCGUGAUUUGGAUGGCAAGGCAAUGGAGUUAGUCAACCGCAAGGGACUUACCAACGAAGGACCUUGCGAGGUUGAUUUUAUGAUGAGCCCUUCCACCGCAUGGGGAAUCUUGGAUGAUAUUGAGUUUCAAUAG